AUGACAAAACGACAAGCAGUUGAGACGCUUGAUAGAUCACUACAGGAUAUAAUGGAAUGUUCUUUGCCGUUUGGAGGAAAGGUUGUUGUCUUUGGUGGUGAUUUCAGGCAGGUCCUACCCGUUGUGACACGUGGGACAAGAGCACAGAUAACGGAUGCUACACUUCUGAGAUCCUAUCUUUGGGAGAAGACCCGCAAGAUACGUCUCACGCGCAAUAUGCGGGCACAGGCUGAUCCUUGGUUCUCAGAAUACCUACUAAGGAUAGGCAAUGGAACUGAAGAGACAAUUGGCGACGAUUAUGUCCGUCUCCCCGAGGACAUUGUCAUUGGCUAUACCGAGGAUGAAAAAGCUAUUAACAUGCUCAUCGAAGAUGUCUUCCCAUCUUUGCAGGCCAAUGCUAGAUCGAGAGAGUACAUGAGUGCACGUGCUAUUCUUUCAACCAAGAACGAUCAUGUCGAUGACCUGAAUGACAAAAUGAUCUCCAGGUUUCCAGGCGAAGAAAAGUUAUACCAUAGUUUUGACUCAAUUGAGGAUGACUUGCAGAAUAAUUACACAAUUGAUUUUUUGAACUCAAUCACACCAAAUGGCUUGCCCCCGCAUGUUUUGAAAUUAAAGGUCAACUGUCCAGUCAUUCUGCUCCGGAACCUUGACCCUCAUAAUGGUCUAUGCAAUGGAACACGGCUUAUGAUCAGAGCCUUUCAGGAUAAUGCAAUCGAUGCGGAGAUUGUUGGUGGUCAGCAUGCUGGAAAGAGGGUGUUUAUACCUAGGAUCCCUAUGUCACCCUCAGAGGACAUCUCACUUCCUUUCAAACUUAAGAGAAAACAGUUCCCCAUCCGCCUGAGUUUUGCCAUGACAAUUAACAAGGCACAGGGUCAGACCAUCCCAAAUGUCGGCAUUUACCUUCCCGAGCCAGUAUUCUCACAUGGGCAGCUAUAUGUUGCAUUGUCAAGAGGAGUGUCGAGAGAGACGACACGGAUUUUGGCCAAGCCAAACAAGGAUGUUGAUAAAUCCGGGAAAAGCACCAAGAACAUUGUCUACAGAGAUGUUUUGGAGAGAUGA